AAUAAAUUUGACAACGAAUAUAAUGCAUUCAUGUGAUAGUAGCUGACGAUGUUGGAGGUUCAAUUUGGAAUAGUCUUGUUUAUAGUUUCAUUUAUUUGUUUGGUUGGUUGGUUGGUAACCACCAAAAAUCAUAACGUUUUUAAACUAAGAGGAAUUGCCUACAUCAAGCCAACAUUAUUUUUUGGAAACUUUUAUAGUGCAUUAUUUGAAUUAGAACAUCAAGAAAAAUUAAUACUUUCGAUUUAUAAUUACUUCAAAACCGAGAAGGUUUUCGGCAUCUACAACUUCCUUCGUCCAACAAUUAUAGUCAAAGAUCUUAACUUGGCAAAGCAAAUUACCAUUGAUUAUCAUGAUAAUUUUAGAGAUCGUGACUUUUAUGAAAUCGAUCAUGUGUUAAACAAGUCAUUAUUCAACCAAAGAGGUGAAAACCGGAAGCGUAUGAGAAACUUGAUGUAUUAUUGUUUAAUUACAUGAGGGUCAUUCAUCCAUGACGUCUAGUAUUUAUACUAGAUUAUUUAGUAUUCCGUUGAAAAAAAUACAACAUGUGUCAACAUUUUAAGAAAGACGU